UCACAGUUUUGUGUAUCGUUGUUCACACUCCCUAGGUCGGCAAUGUAGGCCAGACAAACUAUGCAGCAUCUAAAGCAGGAGUUGUGGGACUUACAAAAACUGCUGCCAAGGAGAUGGGAAGAUUUGGUGUCCGUGUGAAUGCCAUCUUACCUGGGUUUAUUGAAACGCCAAUGACUGAUAAAGUACCUGACCAUCUGAUUCAAAUGACCAAGAUGCUUAUCCCGCUAUCGCGACUCGGACGGCCAGAGGAAAUAGCCAAUGCCUGUCUGUUUUUAGCGUCGGACCACAGCAGCUAUGUGACUGGGACCACUCUAGAGGUUGCAGGUGGACUGUUUCCCUGAGCCAGCAUACAACAUAACAUGGCUAACUGUUAUCAUUUGAGAUGGGAAACCAGCUUAGUACCUCACCAGACAUAAUGCUGGAACUGGACAUGGUCUUCCUACAGUCGGAAGUGUAGACAUUAUGAUGAAACAUACCUCUGGCACUGAAUACAUUUGUGAUUUUCUUUGAUCUGUUAAAGUUGUUUGGAUAAUUUGUAAUGCAAUGGUGUUAUAUUUUCAUAUAUAAAAUUGUUGAAAUUUU